GUUAAAUACACGGCAGUGGUGCAUACAUGUAGCCUGGAGAAGGAGGAAAUAGUUAGAUAUGGGCUCCCUUCGCUAAGUCCCUACAUUAGAAUUUUCACUUAAUAAAACUGACAAAAAGAUGAUGACUUCAGAAGAGAGCAGCUUGUUCAACAAUGCAGUUAAUAAAAUUACAAAUGUGUACUGUUCUCGGAGAUACCGAAGACUAAUCCAUGGUAUGUGUGAUGUAUUUACGACUGUCAUGGACAAAGAUGAAUUAAAAGCGAGAGAAAAUUUUACAUCUGAACAGACACAAACUCAUUUACAAGUUCCAAUUUAUACCGGCAGUUUUUCAGAAGGCCUACAAAAUAAUAAUGACAUGGAUGUAAUGUAUCAAUACCCAUAUGCUUUGGAUGCAAACAUCAUGUCUAGUGAUAUUUUGAAGAAAAAUUACACUCUUAUUGAUGAUGGUAGUAUGGUGUUAGUAAAAAAAAGUGUAAUAAAUUAUCAGUAUGUUACAGAGAAUGUGACAACCAGUACUUAUCUACCAAUUCCUAAACAAACAGAAACGAGUCCUACUGAUUUAAACGCAUUUGUUUUGAUGGCGGAUGACCAUAUGGUGGUUACUAAAGAAGUUGACAUUCCUUGUCAAUCUUUAACCAAAGAUGACCACAAACAGUUGGUAUUCCAAAAAUCAAAAUCUGACAAAAAACCUAUAGUUUUAACACCAAAAUUAUUUUUAGUAACUGAAUUUUCAUAUCCUGGGCAUUGCUUUGUGUAUCUGGAAACACAAACUGCUGACCGUUUGGUUUUAUAUGACAUCAAACAAGCAACCCAUCUCAAGGAACAGACUGAUAUACCAGUUCCUGUAACUCGGGUCCAUGAUUGGCCUGCUACGAAAACUACUGCAGAAGUAUGUAAUAAUUUAACGUCUAAAGAUACAGUAAUUUGCCUUAAGUGUCCCAUCUGGCCAGAAGGUGCAAAUGGCUUCUUUACACGUCAUCGUAAACAUGACUGGCCAACAUCGGAAACUUUAAAAGCUAUAAAGGAAAAAGGACUUCCCCAUUUGGUAAGCAAAGCACACCCAUACAGUCAUGGUGCCCAGGCCGAUAAAGAAUUUCGUAUAUCUACAUCACUUGCUGGUAGGAUGUUAGUAGAAUCAAUGAAUGAUGUACAAUUCAAGACUUAUUUCUUAUGCAAAGAAAUAAAACCUAAAGAGAUUGAAUAUCAGGGCAGAGUAUACAAAAACUUGAUCACUUCCUACUUUAUUAAGACAACUAUCUUCUGGAUGUGUGAAGAGAAGGAGAAGACAUACUGGACUCAAAAAAAUUUAGUACAGAUUGUAGCAGAUGUUUAUAAUAAUUUAAUUACAUGUCUCAAGAACAAAUCUUGUCCUAAUUACUUCAUACCAGAAAAUCUCAUGAUGUCACACUUUUCAGAAAAAGAAGUAGAAGCUGGGCUAUCGGCACUGGAAAACAUAACAAAACAUAAAUUCUUCAAACUUCCUGAAUCAGUUUUCCUCAACAAGCUACAUUCACACCCAGGAAUAUUAAAAAAACUUGAUGAUAUGCUUUCACAUGAGCAUGUGAGAUACUUAGAAAGAAUAGUAAAAACACUAAAUGAGGAAGAAGAUUUGUGGCAGACAGAACAGAACAAGAUUUUAAAAGAAAGAAUUUUCUUAUUUAUUUGGUAUAUGCCAUUUUCACUUUUGGAUGUUGUGUGUAGGAGACAACUAAUGCAGUAUCUUAAAGAUGUGACAGUGUUUUUACAUGAAGGUGUAAACGAAGACAAAGUAGUGGUUACAAUCAUACAGCGACUUCUAAAUCGUAUGCUUGGAUAUGCACACUUAAUAACAGCAAAAUCACUCUCAACAUCUGAGUCUAAACAUCAUUUUCAACAGGCAGAAGAUUUUCUGCUGAACACAAAGCUUCCAGAUAUACUGGAUGAACCAGAAAUCAGUGAAAAAGGACAACUGUUAUUAUUCUAUUACCUUAGUGGCAACAGAGAAAAAUGUUUGCAUCUUUGCGAACAUUUACAAGGCACUGGAAUUAUUGAUACUAUAUACAGCUCACUCAUGAUACAUGUGUGGCUAACAAGUCCUAACAGCGAGUAUUUAGAAACCACGUUUUCAUCAGAUGAAACACUUCUUAAAUGUCUUCGUUCUGGAAAUAUGUACAUUUUCCCGACAGCUUUAUUACAUUACGUUAGUUACUGUCUUGACCUUAACAAAGACUUAUCACUGAAUUACCUAAAGAAGAUAGUGGCCGAAUUAUUAAAUCAAUAUACCAGCGGUUAUGAGGAUUCACAUAGUAGGUUCUACUACUCUCUGGUCCUAAAGCUUAGAUGUCGACAUAAUGAUUUUAGUGAAAGUACCAGAAAAAACUUAGACAAAAUGGAUAGAAUACUGAAAUUAAUCCCAGAUGCCAACAAGUUCUAAUCUAGAACGAUAAUUUAUUUAUUUAUUUUACAUAUAAAAUCCAUGUUUCAUGAAUAAUAUAAAUACAAAGAAAACCAUUACUGUACUACUGUAAAAUAAGUAUUAGAAAAUAGACCAGAACGAUCCAGGCCUCCUUGGCAAAAAUAUAAUAGGAGUUUACUGUAUGUUAUUUUGCUAUUGGAUGGCUGUACUUUAGUUCCCACAAUUAAACAUUAGUGCUAAUCAGAGAUUAGCU